AUGGAACCAAAAAAAAAACCUUAAUUCUUGAAAUUAACUACUUAAAAUUAAUAGAAAAUGGUUAAAAGUCGUCAGAAGUUGGAAUUUUUUUUGGAAUAAUGA